CAUUAGUUCUUGAACCUUGGGUUGGCAAUAAUCUUCUUGAAGAUACAACUCUUGGCCCUAAAGUUGGUAAAAACUGUCGUGAAGAUCCUAGGACUGAUGAUUCAUUGCUAAAUCAUGGAGCCGGUGAUUGUUGUUGUAAAGGCAUGAUUAAUGAAGAUUGA